ACCAAUGCAGGGCUCCUUGCCUGGCUUAUUGCUUCAACACUCUUGGUCCUCAGCUUUCUCACAACGUCACUGCCAAAACCCCAAUAAAACUUUGCCUGAAUUUGUAUUGGCAGCGAUCUGUGACUUACUAAAACCUACGAAAACUAUUCUAACUACCACAGAAAAAUCCCCAUGCAAUCCCUGCUGAAAUGCUCCUCCGUUAUCCCAUCUUUCCCUCCAUUUUUUCUUAAAAACCAAACUCCCAAAACAACCCAUUUUUCUCAGUGUAAUAUCAUUAUUAAUCACAAUUUAAAACAGCUAAAACCAACCCAUUUGCUUAAACCUCAUGCUAAUCCAAAGCCAACCCUUUUUUACUUCAAUCUCUACCUUCGGCUUUAUAUAAAUGCAGGUUUCAUGCAAGAAGCGCGUGACCUCUUUGAUUCAAUGCCUGAAAGAACUCUGAUUUCUUGGACUAUCCUCAUGUCAGGCUAUGCCAAACAUGGUCCUACUAAGGAAGCCUUGGCAUUGUUUAAAGAGAUGUUAUCUGGUGAUGAAACGGUGCGUCCUGACUCGUAUGUUUACGCGGUUGUGUUGAGAAGUUGUGGCGAAAUACGAGAAUUGGGGUUUGGAAAAGGAGUUCAUGGCCAAGUUUUGAAGAAAGGAGAAGCUUUUCUUGAUGGGUUUUUAGAGAAUUCUUUGGUGAAUAUGUAUUCAAGUUGUGCGGUAUUGGAAGAUGCUGUUUUGAUUUUUGAUGGGAUUGAGAAGCCUGGUUUGGUUGCUUGGAGUUCAAUGUUAAGUGCCUAUGUGAAAAAUGGAUUUGGAAAAGAAGGGUUGAAUGUCUUCUUAAAUAUGGUUUUUGAGGGAAUUGAGUUGGAUGCUUUUGUGUUUUCAAUGGUUAUGAAGGCAUGUUCCAAUUUGGACGACUUGAACAUGGGAAUUCAAAUUCAUGGUUUAAUGGUUAAGAAAGGUUUUGGGAGAGGGGGUUGUUUGUUUCUGGACAAUAGUUUGAUGGAUUUUUAUGCAAAAUGUAAGAAUUGGAAGGGAUUCAGACGAGUUUUUGAUCAGAUGCAUGAGAAAGAUUUGGUUUCUUGGAACACAUUAAUUAUGGGUUAUGUACAUAGUUUUCAUUACCUUGAAGCUCUUAGGAGUUUUAGACUUUUGAUGGAUGAAGUUUGUUAUUGUGAUGAUUUCACCAUAACAAGUAUUCUCAAGGCAAUUUCUAGUUUACAUGACAUGGAUUAUGGUAAGCAGGUUCAUGGAUAUAUAGUUAGGACAGGUUUAGCGUUAAAUAACUAUGCAAUGUGCUCACUUUUGGAUAUGUAUAUUGAGUGCAUUGAGCACGAGAGCUCAGAUCACUGCAAACAAGUUCCUCUAAAGUUGUAUGUUGGCUUAGAAAGAGGAGAAUCUAAUGGGUUUAUUAUUGCAAGCAUGCUAAAAUGGUGCUCUAUGUUAUCAAAUCUUGAUACUGGGAAACUAUUCCACUCCCUGGCCAAGAAACUUGCUGUAGACUCUGAUCCAUAUGUUAUAAGCUCAUUGAUUGAUAUGUAUUCCAAGUGUGGGAUGCCAGUGGCUGCUUUAAUGGUUUAUGAAAGAGUAGAAAGCCCUGGCACUGCAACGUUCUCAGCUUUGAUUUCCGGACUUUCUUGGAACGGUUGGUUUGUCAAAGCACUAGAGUGUUUCCAAAAAAUGCAGUUUAAUGGUAUUGAAGCAAAUGAGUUCACCUUUACUUCUGUUAUUCUAGCUAGUAUGGCUUUAGGUGAUCUUAGGAAGGGAAAAGAAUUACAUGGAAAGAUACUUAAAACUUGUUAUGGAUCAAAUGCUUCUGUUGUUAAUAUGCUUAUUAAUCUCUAUUCAGAAUUAUCAGAUCACCAACAAGCACUCAAGCUAUGUUCCUUGAUUUUGGAUGCUGAGAUAUCGUGGAAUUUAUUGAUACAGGCCUGCCUCAGGGCAAAUGACCAUGAAACGAUUCACAAACUUCUCAGGAGGAUUCAAUCGUGCUCUGGGUGCAUUGAGCCAAUCUCUGUUUGUGAUAUUUUCAGCUCCUGUACCAGCCCAGUGCUUUUGCAAAUGGGGAUGCAAGCUCAGGCUUACAUGACCAAAAGGGGUCUUCUCUCACAUCCUACAAGUGGCAGUGGUCUCAUUCAGAUGUAUUCUGGAUGUGGACAAAUUGCAGAGGCAGAUUUGGUCUUUGAGUUGAUUCCAGAGAAGAGUUCUCUGUCUUGGACAUCCAUCAUCUCUGCAAAAGUGGAGCAUGGCCAUCCAUCCGAAGCUCUGGCCUUGUUUAAUGAAAUGAGAAGAAGGAAUAAAUCAGUGGACCGAAUUACUUUAAAAUCAGUCUUGAAGGCUUGCGCCCAAAUGGGUCGGGUCGAUGAGGCACAUAGUUUGUUAAUGUCCAUGGAAGUGGUUUAUGGAGUUGAGCCAUCAGAAGAGCAUUAUUCCUGCAUUGUUGAAGCUUUUGCACGAGCUGGAAUGCUAGAAGAAGCUGAGAACUUUAUCAAUGAGAUUGUUCCGGAAAAAGUAGGCACAAUGAUUUGGAGAACUCUUCUUUCAUCUGCCCGAAUUAUUGGAAAUAUGGAGGUGGCAAAAUUUGCUUUAGAGAAGCUAUUAAAACUAGAUUCAAGUGACUGCUUUGCAAGGCUACUGCUUGAGAAGGUCCUGGUGAUGUUUGGUAAGUGGAAAGAUGCAUCGAAGACUGAAGUUAAAACUAAAAGAAUAGGGCCAACUUCUAGCUGGAUAGAAGUGCAAAACAAAAUAUAUGAAUUUGUCUCAGACCAAAAUCCAACUGAAAAAGUCUCUGACAAAAUAGCGGAACUAGGAAGAGAGAUGGAGGAGCUGGGAUAUGUAGCAGAUAGAAACCAUUUGCUGCAUGAUGCAGAAGAGGAAGAAUAUGAUGGUGUGGGUCUUGCUCAUACUGAGAUGAAGGCCAUUGCAUUGGGGCUCAUAUCAUUACCCCAUGGAAUGCCUAUAAGAGUGAUUAAGAGUGUUAGGAUGUGUGGUACUUGUCAUUCAGCAUGCAAGUUCGUGUCAACCUUUGUAGAUCGAGAAUUGGUUGUCAAGGACACUUUCACUUUUCACCACUUCAGAGAUGGAAGAUGCAGUUGUCGAGAUUCAUGGUAGCAGCUAUCAAUGAAAUAUACAACUGUAAAUGUA